CCGGUCAGGGUUCAGUCUGACAGUGGACAUCCUACUAAGAAGUCGGUAUAGCAGCAUCAGCAGCAGAACAGUAGAACAGUAUGAGCUCGCAACGUGAGGAAACGAUGGCCACCCCAUUCAAACUGUGGGGCGGACGAUACACCAAAGGUACGGAUCAUGUUCUGUCGAGAGUCAACAAUUCGCUGUCCGUUGACAAGCGGCUAUACUCGGAGGAUCUGGAUGGUAGCAUAGCAUACGCGAAGAGUUUAACCGAGGCGAACCUGUUGACGCAGAGUGAAUUCAAAGUGAUUUGCUACGGUCUGGAGACGAUACGAGACGAAUGGGAGAAGGGAACGAUCAAGCUCAUGCCAAGAGAUGAAGAUGUUCAUACCGUAAACGAGCGACGAUUGAUCGAAAUCGUUGGACCACAGAUUGGUGGUAAGUUGCACACCGGACGAAGCCGAAACGAGCAAGUCGUGGUUGAUAUGAAACUGUGGAUGAGGAAAGCCGUCCGAGACGUGCUGAAGCAGCUGAGCACAUUGAUCGAUGGGAUUAAUGAUGUUGCGGAGCGAUAUCUGGAUGUUCUGAUGCCUGGUUAUACGCACAUGCAAAAAGCUCAACCUGUUCGAUUUAGUCACUGGGUUUUAAGCUACGCGUUUUACUUUAAAGAAGACUACCAGAGGAUCGUGGAGUUCGCAAAGCGGAUGAAUGUUCUUCCACUGGGUACUGGCGCAUUAGCGGGGAACCCCUUCAAUAUUAAUCGUCAUCAGCUGGCGGAUGAUCUUGGCUUUGCUGGAGUUACCUACAACAGCAUGUACACUGUUAGCGAUCGCGAUUUUGUUGUGGAAUUUAACUUCCUCUGUACUCUGGUAGCUGUGCAUAUGAGCCGACUGGCAGAGGACUUGAUCCUAUACUCCACGAAGGAAUAUAAUUUCUUAGAGUUGUCGGAAGAAUACACCACCGGUAGCAGUUUGAUGCCCCAGAAACGGAACCCGGACAGCUUGGAGUUGAUUCGUGGUAUCUCCGGGUCGGUGUUUGGCCAGCACUGCGGCCUGCUGAUGACUUUGAAGGGGCUCCCGUCAACAUACAACAAAGAUUUACAGUGCGAUAAGAGUGGCAUGUUUGCCGUGUACGAUCAGAUUGCACUUUCGCUGACGUUGAUGACCGGUGUGAUAACAACGAUGCGCGUUGACGAGGAACGCUGCCUCAGUGCUCUGAGCUACGAUAUGCUCGCAACCGAUAUGGCUUACUAUCUGGUGCGCAAGGGAAUCCCCUUCCGGGAGGCACAUCACAUUUCCGGUGAGGUUGUAGCGUUUUCCGAGAAUGUCAAAAUUCCACUCAACAAACUGACGCUGGAGGAUCUUCAGGAUAUCAGUCCCUUCUUCGAUGAAACGGUCAGCAAACUGUGGAACUACGAGAACAGUGUGGAGCAGUAUGCCGUCGUCGGAGGCACAUCCAAGCUUGCAGUGCAGGAGCAAAUUAAGCUACUUAAGGGAUUUCUUUCGAGCUGUGAAUGAUCUGUCGCUAGUUUUGUAAUUAUUUUAUUUUCAAGUCUGUGAAUAACAUAAAUAUUUUUCGUGGGCAUACAGUAAGGAGUGUUAAACUGUUAAAGUAUAUUGCAAAAUCAAAAAAAAAAAACUGCUAUGUUUCCCUGUUCUGACUAAUAAAAAAGGACCGUUUACAAGUCUGCAAAA